UCCGCGUUCAACAAGUACUGACAAGAGUGACUGUGUAAGAUAUUCUGAUUCAGAAGAGUCGAUUGAACAUUCGAGUUUCUGGAGAUUGAUUAUUUUGCAAAUCGCUUCGAAAUUCUUCCUCGGCGUACAUACAGCUCGUUCGUGUAACAAGGAAUUAUAUUAGCAAGCGAUGGAUUAAUUAUUAAUAGCGACUAUCCUCAUUCCGUAUCUCAUCUUGUCUGUAUGCAAUCGCUCAGUUGUGACGAUGCUCAUGACGUAACUAAAUUAAUAUUGAAUUAUUAUGAUGGAGUGUCAGGCCUGAAGAUUCACACCUCGCGAUUUAUUUAUCAUUCUGCCCUGUCACUGUGACCACGAACGAGCACGCUUGAAUUUUGGAUUCGGGACACCUCGGAGUGACGAACAGUAAAGAUGGACAGCAACAAGGAUGAAGCGGAGCGAUGCAUGGAACUCGCGGAGCGAUUUAUGCGGGAAAGAAAGUACGAGGAGGCCGAAAAGUUCAUUCGCAAAGCUCAGAAACUUUACCCGACCAAGAAGGCGGACGAAUUGUUGGCGGAAGUGACGGUACUCUCAAAGCAGAACCAGAAAUCUGAGACGACUGAACCUAAUGUUAGAAAGCGGCAAAAUGUAGCUAAAGACAGUACAUAUUCCCAGGGUAAUUCAGAGUAUUCCAAAGAACAGUUGGAGCAUGUAAAGAGGAUAAAAAAAUGCAAGGAUUAUUAUGAGAUUUUAGGAGUUAAUAAAGAUGCUACAGAUAGCGACAUUAAAAAAGCUUAUAAGAAAUUAGCACUUCAAUUACAUCCUGAUAAAAAUAAAGCACCAGGUGCUGCCGAAGCUUUUAAAGCUAUUGGCAAUGCUGUUGCUAUUCUUACCGAUACGGAGAAACGGAAACAAUACGACACAUAUGGUCCCGAAGAAGAACGAGUGCAGAAUGCACACAACCGCCAAGGCCAUACACAUUACAAUUAUACUCGUGGAUUUGAAGCCGAUAUCACAGCCGAAGAAUUAUUCAACAUGUUUUUCGGUGUUGGUUUUCCACAACAAGAAUUUUAUAUGCGUCGGCCAGGUGGAAGGUGGAUGCGUCAGACAGACGCUCAAGCGCAACAUGCUCAUUCUCAGCAAAUAAAUGGAUAUACCACAUUUCUUCAGAUGUUACCAGUUCUGUUACUAAUAAUGUUAACCAUGAUGAGCAGCUUUUUCAUAUCCGAUCCAGUAUAUAGUCUACAUGCAAGUUCGAAAUAUUCUGUGGCCAGAACAACUCAGGCUUUAAAAGUGUCAUAUUAUGUUAAGGAGAACUUUCAUAGUGAAUAUCAAGGCAGUUUACGUAGGUUAGAAAUUUCAAUUGAAGAAGAGUAUGUGAGUAACUUGAGGCAAACUUGCGCCAGAGAGAAAAAUUACAGGGACAAUAUAAUGUGGAAAGCCCGUAAUUUGGGAGAUCAAGAUCUGUACUUUAAAGCUAAAAGUCUCGAAACACCUUCGUGUAAAAAACUACAAGACCUGCAAGCAUAAUAUAUAAAACAUGUCAACUAAAAAUAGAAGUUUUGCGUGUUGUAGAUAGAUGUAUAAUAUAUUUACACAUGUAUAAUUAUCUUUGGGUGUAUAAUGAAAAUUUGUUAUAAAAGAAUACAGUUACAUAUAAAUGUCUUUAUACACUCAGAGUAAAUCAGAGUAUAUUUCAAUGUCCAACAUACUAAACAUAUUUGAAUUGCUCUAG